GCUUUAAGCUCAAGAUCCCCAAUGUGGGUUGAGAGACAGAUCUAUAAAUAUGAAGGUGAUGCCGCGUAUGUUGAUGGUAUAACCAGCAAGUCAACAGAAUCAUUCUUCACAACCCAAGGCAUCACAAUAAGCAAACAUCACCUACUAAGAUAUACACGACUUGACGAUAUAUACAACAAAUCACUUCAACUUCACAACAAUGGCCCGCAUCUGGUUUGUCACUGGCUCUUCCAAGGGCCUUGGUCUCGCUAUUGUCGAGGCUGCCCUCGCUGACGGUGACAACGUUGUCGCUACUGCUCGCAACCCAGCGACUGUCAACCAUCUCGUUGAAAAGUACGGACCGGACCGUAUCCUGCCAUUGGCCCUCGAUGUUGCCAACAACGAACAAGUCGAGAGCACUGUCAAGGCCGCCGUCGACAAGUUUGGCCGCAUUGAUGUUGUCGUGAACAAUGCUGGCUACGCCAUCCCUCGAUCACUUGAAGAUAGUUCCAUUGACAUUUACCGCGACCAAAUCGACGUUAACCUGCUUGGAACCGUCUAUGUCUCCAAGGCUGUGACCCCAAUUCUGCGCAAGCAAAAGUCCGGCCGCAUCUUGCAAGUCUCGUCCGUGGGCGGCCGCAUGGCGACACCCGGAUUGUCGGCGUACCAGGCUGCCAAAUGGGCUGUUGGCGGCUUCAGCGGCGUUCUGGCCAAGGAGCUCUCACCAUUCGGCAUCAAGAUCACCGUGUUGGAGCCUGGCGGCAUGAAGACCGACUGGGCUGGCUUUGCGGACGACGAGAUUGUCAUCAGCGAGCCGUACCAGCAGUCUGUGGGAGAAUUCCAGAAGAUCCGGGAACAGUACAGAAACUACCGCUCAGAGCCUGCCAAGGUGGCCGAUGUGAUUGUCAAAAUCUCCAAGGAGGACGAGCCGCCGCUGCGAUUGCUGCUGGGCCCCGAGACGUUCGGUUUGGCGAAGCAGGUCGGGGAGGAACUUGCUGCAUCGGAUGAGAAGUGGAAGGCUGCGACUCUUCUGGAAAUUUAAGCAUGUUGCUGCAUGAUAUACAAAGCAAUGGAGAUGUGUAUGCUGGUUGAGCGGACUACUUAGCGAGUAUGUUGUUUAUUGUUAUGAUUACAUAGCUCAACAAGGCAAUUUUAAGUGUGU